AUGGGCAAAUGUGUGCUUGCGCGAGGUGAGGCGGUUGGGGAUGAGAAGGAUGGGCGGGCAGAGGAAAGAAAUGACGGAGGGAAUGGGCCCCCCACACGUCAAGCAAGGCAAGUCAGUGUGUCCAGUGCAGUGGAUGGGUGUGCUGGAGGUGCGGUACGGGUGCUGGAGCUGGUGGUGGUGGUGGCCGGAGACAAGGUGGCUGCGACCGUAUCGGGCUUUCUGGACGUGAUCAGACGAGCAAGAGGGAAUCCAAGCACAGCGGUUGAAGAGAAUGAAAAACCAGGCUCUGACGACGGCUUCCGGGCUACGAGGAUGGACAAAUGGAAUGUCAACUGGGACUCGGUCGCUGGCUAG